AUGGCUGCCCGAUUCGUCUUUAUGGCGGUCGCUAAUGCCGCUAUUGCACGGGCACAGUUAUUUUCUGAUGACUUUUACACUACUACCACUCGUUCCGCUUCAGCAUACUGGACAUACACUUCCCGUUUCGUGGAAUCCGUGUCUGAGAGUUUGUAUACAAACUAUGAUGACAGUGUCACCACUGAUAGCUAUACCGUAACCCGCACCGUGAAGGACGAGGCCACCCCCACGAUCUCACCAUACUCGACCACUUCCGAAUAUGGCUACUACAACGAUGAUCUCCAGAUCGUGUACGCUUACUACACUACCAGUGCAGUAGCAGAGUCCGAUCUCGAGCCUGAUUAUUAUGAUUACUAUGCGACCACAACGGCGGCUUCGACGACAACUACAAUCACGAGCAUUGAUUUCAGCAUGCCGGUCACCAUGGUGGCACCCGCCUCGUGCCCUACACCAUUCACCGUAACUACUUCCGCCUCUGUGGAUAUUCCGACCCAAGUAACCGCACAAAUCUCGCCAACUUCGAUUGAGACGUACUCAAGCAGCACUACCUACGACAAUACCGUCUACGUUUGGGAGACAUGGUAUUUGUCUGAGAGCGCCGCGCCAUUCACCACAACAUCAGACUACUACUACUCAUACUACAUUGCGGAUUGCAUCACGCCUCCAGCAGCUUAUCGCACUGGUUCCUCUUCCGGCGGUGCAAGUGGUGGCAGCUUGAACAACGACGAUGAUGAUAGCUCAUACGAUUCGUGCUAUUAUUACUACUGCACCUCUCGCCUUCGCGUAUAUAUCAUCAUCAUUGCAGCUGUAAUUCCCAGUCUCUUCCUUCUUGGAUUCCUCGAAUCUUGGUUCUGGUUCCGCCGCCUCAUGCUCGGCAAGAGUGCCAUGCGAUUUGGUACAUGCUGCUGGGUACUCAUCUCACUCUGGGUGCUCUGCUUCACUCGUAUGCAAGAUCGUCGUAGUGCUGAAGAUCAGAAGCUAUUGGCUGAGAAGUGGAAGAAUAUGGGUAGUGGCGCAGCCUUCAAGGCCUGGUGGAAAUGGGGAUUUCGUCAUCGGUACCCAGAGGAGUUGUUGGGUCAGUUCAGCAAGACAACUGUUGGUAUUGUACCACCCGGCCAGCCGUUGUAUCCAGCCAUGGCGCAAACACCAGGUGCUUUCCAGCCUGCUAUGUCUGGUGGUGGUGCUCUGCAGCCCGUCCCUGGUGCUCCAGGCCAGGUCUACUACUAUGGCCCUCCACCUCCAGGCUGGGUUCAAGCACCAAACGGAGGCUUUGUGCCACCGCAAGGCUAUAUGUAUCCUCCUCCCCAGCAAGCUGGCUACUAUGGCGACAUGACCAAAGAUGGAACGGUCGUUUCACAGUCUCCUGUUUCCGCCAUGAGUCACCCGCAAUCGCAAGACCAGACGGAAAAUGCGUCGCCUAUGGCCCCGCAAGCCCCUCAGCCAACCUAUUCCGCUCCUCAGAACGCCGCGCACACGCCCACGCCAUAUGGUGCCCCACCAAAUGUAGGAACUCCGCUAGCAGGAGCUCCAAGUCCUCCACCCCAAGGCCCUCUGCCGGCAUCCCCAUCUCAAGCUGCAGGGCAGGGAGCACCGCAGAUCCCACCAGUGGUAGUGAGUGAUGCUUCAGCAGACGACUCAGCCAGACAACAGGCCACUGCACCUGCUGCAGCUAGUGCUCCCCCAAAGCACGAUCGAAAUGACAGAGAUUUGUAUGAGUAG